UGGUAACAUAUAGGCUUGAUUAUUAUGCAGUGAGUGAGACUCAGUAAUAGAGCUAUCAGUGAGAGAGAGAGAGAGAGAGAGAGAGAGAGAGAGAGAGAGAGAGAGAGAGAAUUUCCUCCAGCAUCGGCUCGGAUCGUUCAGUCUCGUCCAGUCUUUCUCCUCCACUUCAGAUCGGAGGUGACAGGUGAUCGGGCAGUCUGUCUCUCUGUCUGUCUGUCUGUCUGUCUGUGUCUCUGUCUGUCUGUCGGACUCCAGCAGCGGAUGUUCUUGGCCAGGUUUCUUCCCACCGCGGUGAGGCUGGACGGAUAGAACUCACCAUGGCGCUGGAACCGGAGGGGAACAACCGGCUCCUGCAAGACGUGCUGGCGAGACCGGGCAACGAAACGUGCGCGGACUGCGGCAAUCCAGAGCCGGACUGGGCGUCGCUGACUUUGGGUGUGUUUGUUUGCCAGGCCUGCUCGCUCCUCCACCGGAGCAUCCCCCACAUCAGCCGGGUCAAGUCUGUGCAGGACACAUGGGAUGCCAGUGAGGUGGAGUUGAUGGCUGCAAUGGGAAACACUGCAGCCAAGGCCAAAUAUGAGCAGAAGGUCCCCGCUUUCUACUAUAGACCAACACACACUGACUGCAAGCUGCUGAGAGAGCAGUGGAUCAGAGCCAAGUACGAGAGGAAUGAGUUUGAGUUUAUCGAAAAGCAGGAGCCUUACUCUGCAGGCUACAGAGAGGGGUUUCUAUGGAAACGAGGAAGAGACAACGGUCAGUUUCUCAGCCGAAAGUUCAUCCUGUCAGAGAGGGAGGGAGCGCUGAAGUACUUCAACAAGCAGGAUGCCAGGGAUCCCAAAGCGGUGAUGAAAAUCGAGACCCUCAAUGCCACCUUCCAGCCGGCCAAGAUUGGCAACCCCUGCGGCCUACAGAUCACCUACCUGAAAGACAACAGCACAAGGAACAUCUUUGUCUACCACAGUGACGCAAAGGAGAUGGUCGACUGGUUCAAUGCUAUCAGAGCGGCCAGGUUCCACUACCUACAGGUGGCCUUCCCCGGAGCGAGUGACGAGGAGCUGGUGCCCAAACUGACCCGAAACUUCAUGAAGGAAGGCUUUAUGGAGAAAACGGGUCCAAAGCACACAGAGGGCUUCAAGAAGAGGUGGUUUACUAUGGAUGACAGGAGACUCAUGUACUUCAAAGACCCUCUGGAUGCCUAUGCCCGUGGUGAGGUGUUCAUAGGCAGUAAGGAGAACAGCUACACGGUCCUGUCUGGCUUGCCCCCGUCCACGCAGGGCUACCACUGGAACCACGGCAUCACCAUCGUCACGCCAGACAGGAAAUUCCUGUUUGCCUGUGAGACUGAGGCCGAGCAACGGGAUUGGAUAGCUGCCUUCCAGAGGGUCAUCAAUCGACCAAUGAGGCCGCAGGAAUAUGCAGUGGAGGCCCAUUUUAAACACAAGCCUUGACCACCGCAGGGAGCCACAGCUCAGUCGGACCGGCCCAGUCUCAUUCAGAUCAGAGACACUUCCAAUGUGUGGGCACAGGGGGUUGGGUUGGGGGACAAGAGGGGGGUCUUGGGAUGGGCCGGGAUGAGAAAAGAUGAUGAAGAAAAAGAAGAGAGAGUCGGACGGACUCCAGUAUAUCUGUGUGUAGAAAACUUGAAUUCUAAUGGGACUAAAGGCCCACCGUGGGUUGAAACGUUGGCGAUCAGAGGCCAAAGGGUAGAUGAUGUCACCACUAUUGCGCCUACCGACCUUGUGCUAUACAUUAUCAUCCUUCCUUUCCUCUCAACCAUGUGGACCCUUUCCCUGCAACAACCCCCCUCCCCCCUCAGAUUUCGUCUUGUGAAUGGUUCAUUCUACCUGUAAUCUAAUGUAAUUAUGUAAUCUAGAGUCAUUUCACUGGUUGCUUAACAAAGACAAUGCAUUGUUAAUUUAUUGAAUGUACAGUUUUGAUGACAGUGGCUUACCGUGUGUGUGUGUGUGUGUGUGGAAUUGUGACGUUUUCAUUGAGGACGCUGUGAGGUUGAACCUCUGGCACUGAAACCCUGUUAAACCUGAACCUACAAAGUGCUGUUAACAACAAAUAUGCAUAAAAACACACAAACUCUCAGUGAUCACCGUCGCUGUUAACGUAGCCGGGGGUGGCCGAUCUGCAUCCAGACAGGGUUCUUUUAAAACCUCAAUCUGACAGCUGUUCUCUUAUUUAUUUGUACUGUUGAACAUACUGAGUCAUUGUAGACAGUUACUGCUGCUUUUAAGGAUUGUAAUGUGACAGGAUUGUAAUUUAUAUAACACUUCUACAACUGUUUUAUUUACGUUUUGCAUCUUGUUUUAAAGACACAUUGUUGUGUUGGCCCUUAAAUCACAGUGAUGGUUAGUUUCAUUAUGGGAAUCUUAACAUUAAUACAGGUGAACCUGAAAUCAAGUGGCAGUGUUUGAUUUUUCCUUAUUUCGGUAUAUCUGUGUCUUCCUUAGGACUACAUACAAUACAAAUAUGACACUUUUCAACACAAGGUUUAAAGGUUUAUUCUGGGUUUUUACAUUUUAUAUUUAUACAUUUAGCCCUCAUUCUUAUAGGUAAUAAUAACGUAUUUAUGUUAUUUGUAUAUGGACAAUUAUAUAUGUGGACCAAUGCCACAUACUACAGAAUUUAUAGCCAUUUAUAACCCCAAAACACAGACACUUAAAGGUGCAGUAUGCAAUUGUGGAGAAAGACAUACAAGCACGCAAACACAGCAGCAAAAACACAACGGAGUAAAAAGUAGCGAGAUUUAGUUGUUUUUUUUGCAAUUGUUUUUACAAAACUACAGUGACUUAAGAGGCAGGUUUGUAGCUAAGCUAACAAGGAAGGUAACAUUAGCAAACUUGCAUUUGUACAUCUUCGUGGCUUUAAAAGCCUUUGCAAAAAUGGAUAAUAAAAAGGACAAAUACCAUGAUAUAGAGUAAACAACGACAGAAUGUAAUGUAACUAAUGUUGACUAGGUUGUGGGUCAGCGAAGCUGUGCAGCUGACAUACAGAGAGAACAAGACAGCAAUAUUCACAACUCUCCCACUACUAUAGCUAACAUCACAACAACAGCAUAUCUUGGCAAACUAAGAAAGUAAGCUGAAUGUCCGUGGACAAGUGGUUUAACGUGACCUGACACACAAAUCAUGGCUGAAAUAAGGGUGUGGCACUUUUUUUCCAUGUAUAGAGCCAGUUCUGUGUACAAACACCAUUUAUUUUCACCACAUGCACAGGACGGACAGUUAGCAGACUGUGAGGAGUUAUUUGCUGAAUUUGACAAAGCUAUAUUGUAUUAGAAUCACAGACCCCACUUUCCAUUCAUUUAAACCAAAGACUUUGUUGUAGUGAUGUCAUUCUUAGGUUCCAGCAAUUAAUUUGGUAAAGUUUAAAACACCCACGUUGAAAUAAACUUGAAUUGUCCUUUAGAGCCCCUGAAAACUUCUUAUUGUGUUCGAGCAAGUGUACUUUAAAGGCAGUGCUAUUAUUUAAGUGCAGUUACAUGUAUUAAUCCAGCAGAUGGCGCUCCUGUUACUUUAAAAGGGAGCUUGCAUAUUGUUACUGUCAGGUGAAAUCUUCAUAUGGUGAAAUGUUGUCAUCCUUGAACCGAAUUAGUUUGCAGAUUUUCUUUCACUUGUGAUGACAGGUGACAAAUUAAAGGAAUAGUUUGACAUUAUGGGAAGUCGAUACCACUUUCAUGUCUGUGCAAUAAAAGAAAACUACAUUGAUUAGCAUUAGCAUUGCAGUGCUAUAAUAUUGUCGAACUCACAAUGUACAAUAAAAAAAAUACCAAAAUCGA